GCUGCAGCGACAAAAAUUAAACUUCUUGGAAAGUUUGUUGAAAGAAUUGAAGAGCAGUCAAAUCCUGAGAAAAUUGAAGUAAUGUUUGGUUUAAUACGAAGAAUGAUUGAUGAUAAUAUCGUCAAGGCAAGGUACGUUCAGAAUAUCUCUGUCAAGACAUGGAAUGAUGUUUACUGUAUUUUACUUUGAAUAACACGUCUGAUCUAAAUACAGGGAUGAUGAUGCACAAGCUUGAAAUGUCAACCUCGCCCCCAAAUCAGCAUUGAAAAGCAUAUAUGAAGGGGAUUUUUUCAUUGUCGUCCUAAAAGGCACCUUUAAAACGAAGAAUCAGUUUUCCCUUUGUCAAGAUAUACUGUAUCUUAGUUUCGGAGUUAUUGAAGUUUCUACAUUUUUUUGAUUACGUCAUAUUGUUUGCACUGAUCACGUGACAUAAAUCUGCCUAUUUCUCUGUCAAAACUAAGAAAUUAAUAAAACUUUCAACAUGUAUAGCACUAACAUAAAAUUACACAUCGCUACAACAAAGGUGCUGUUAUCAUGGAAACAUUCUUGACCAGGGUUUUUCUCCUACUUUUUAGCCAAGUUUUCGUUUUACUGUUUAGCAGAUGAAACUACGAAAUCGAUGUUUUGAGACUACGGAAUUUGUCAAUAUUGUAAUGACCAUUUUAACAAUCUAAUUUUGUUAAGCACUCCAAUAGGCUCUUUUUAAACGCUGAAAAACAAUUGAUGCAAUGUUCAGCGGGGACAGGUUUUGUGACAGUUUGCAAUGCUAGUCGUUGUUAAAUUUCAUGGAAAACAUUAUAUGAGAUUCGUUGCAUAAGUACUUUAAGAAUCCUAGAAUAUUGUCCAUGACUCCCACUGACUAAUUUUCACCAUCUCUUAUGGAUAUGAAUUUGGACUUUCCCUUGCAAACCUAUUUUUCUUAUGGCGCAGAAUGAUAUGUGAAGCUGUACUCAAGUCUGGAAAAUUAAAUUUCCACAACGAGUCUUCCUGGAGUCAAAGUUUUGAAUUUGUUUAUGAUUUGCUGCCGUCCAUCGAUUAUAAG